AUGAUCGUGCAUUUCGACCACGGCCAACGGAAGCCUUCGUGUUCUGGCGUGAACGAGGGUAAACGGGCAUUACUGGAAAACUUUGCUGAUAUACCUUGGGUGUUCGUAUCAGGGGCCAUGGGUUUCUAUCUUGUCGGUAUCAUCUACGCCACACCGGUGUCAUUUUCGACCCACAAUGGCUUCUCAAGUAAGGAGAGUCGCAACAGCCAAAGAGACAAUCUUGAAAAUGCAGACGACAUCCACAGUGCGGGCCGCUUCUCGUCCAUGAUGGAACCCAAACAUGUUUACUUGCCCUCGCCCAUGGUUCUGAAUUUCACGUUACUCGGCUUGAUCUUCUUGCCUUUAGUCGCAAACCAGGUUUUAGCAUCGUUUGGUGGAGCGGCGUUUGAUCGCGGAGAUAUGGACAUGUACAACAAUAUGAUAUCGGCCAUGUAUGCCGUUUGGGUGUUUGUGGUGGCCAUCAUCUUAGCGCUCUACAUCUUUUUCGGAAAACAACUGCUUACGAUUAUAUCCUCGAAUAUGGCUUCCAUCAAUGAUAAUGUCGGCCAGAUCUCUUCGCGUAUGGGGGCGGAUUCUGAGUAUACUGAUCGGGAUGAUAGCGAGCGUCAACUGAAUACCCUAAAGUCGACAUAUAAGCGAAUUCGAGCCAUCCUAGUUCUAUGCGGAAGUCUUUCGGCCAUGAUGGGUCUGAUGAUGCUGCUCUUCGCCAUUUUCAGACGACAAAUCCUACGUGAUAAGACAGCUAGCGAGACUUUUUCGCUCGUUUGGAUCCAUGGAGCGAGUGUUGCGCUCGGAUGUUCCCUAAUCUUCAUCCUCUUCCGCAAGACUUGA